ACCAAUGGAUGAAUUAUAAGAGUUAUUCGAAGAAUUCGAAGAGGCGACACGAAGAUUUGAUAGAUGAGACACGGUGUUUCGCAAUGUCUCGUUAUUCCUUAAUUUACGGUGUUGGUAUGAGGCAAAGGGGAGUGCAAAGGACUAAUUGACGCAAUAAAUCGAUAAUUACGAGGAACAACGUUGGAAACAUUCAGGCCAAUUAUACCGUCAGCCAAGGGGGCCCGUGUCCCAAGGGUGGGCGUGCCGGAUGCUGACCUUCUUGCACAAUGGCUGAGGCUGCACCAUCAGCGGAUAUGAUUCGAAGGGAUCAACCGGAGGCGCGGUCGGGCAUCCUAGAACGGUAUAUAAAGUCGGAUCAAAUCGUCCGUGGGCACACUCAGCAAUCGGUCGAUCGGGAAGAUGAAGGCCUUCGUGAUUCUGCUAGCCUCGUUCGCCUUCGUCGCGGCUGCGCCCCGUCAGCGUCGCGAUGCUAUUUGGGGCGGAUAUCACGGCGGUGGUUACGGUGGCCAUCUUGGUGGAUACGCUCACGGUGUAGCGAUCGCUGGUCCAGCCUUGGGACCAGCCAGUGUCGCUGGUCCUCACGUUGGAUCUACCAUGGUGGCAGCACCGUCCAUAGGACCGGCUAAGCUCUCUGGAUCGGUUGCUGGACCGGUGCACGUAUCCGGGGCUGUUGCCGGCUCUGCCGUUGUCACUGCUUCCGUUGCUGGGCCUGCUCACGUUGAAGGCUACGACGCUGGCCCCUACGAUGGCGGAAUCGGUGUCGGGUACGCCGGUCCAGCCUACAGUUACGCAGGAUAUCCCGAAUACGCGGGAGUUGGUGGCCACGGGGCGGUGAUAGCAGGUCCAGCAUCUCACGGUGCGAUUCUCGCAGGACCGGCAUCCCAUGGCGCCGUGCUUUCUGGCCCUCAUUCCGGAACCGCCGCGGUAUCCGGUCCCCACGCUGGAUCGGUGGUGAUCGCCGGUCCCUCGGGCAAAAUCACCGCCCACGGGACCGGUUAUGGCGCGAUCCAUUCUGGCCACUCCGGUCAUUGGUAACGAAUCCAACCUGUUUGGGAAAAAAGGAAAGGA